AUGGUACCUUCUCUGGAGCCUGUCUUUCUCAUGCGCGAAUACCUCCAUCCCGAUAUAGCCGACCUUGGCCAGACAACCUCCGGUGCUCGAAUAAUCGUCAACGUGACAAGCGGCUUCAUCAAGUUCGACAAUUCCGACAUUGAAGCCGAAGUUCUACCUCCCGGCGGAGACUGGCCCUUGAUCGAUCUCAAGGCGGAGUGCGUGUACGUCAACGCUCGAGCUCGCGCCAAGACAGAUCAGGGGGAACUGUCCUUGAAAUACAAAGGGGUCAUCAACUUCGACGAAGCCGCCCGGAGGCUGCUUGACGAAUCGGGCCCAGGGCCGAUAGCAUCGAAUUUUGGGGACACUGUUUGGUUCACCAAGCUUGACAUUGUGACCACAGACGAAAGGUUGAAAUGGUUGGAGACCGCAUUCCUGGUGGGACAAGGACGGUGGCACCUCGACGACGAGGGCAUGGCCGCGGAGUUUCUCAUUGUCGCCACCGCCGACGGGACAGGACCAACCGUCGACAAUACCAAAGUUGUGAUCGUUGUCGAAAAGCUCGCCGUGGUUGCGACGCAGCCACCCGAGGCUCUGCCACGACGUCUAGGAGAGGGAGGAAAUAUCAGAGCUUCACAUUUAGAGAGCUUUGGCACUGGGACAAAUGUCAAUGACGCCGACUCAAAUCUGGGUCUGGAGGCUCUUCCGAGUUCAGUUUAUGGCCUGCCUUUGACGAUUGAUUAUCAACUUGGGUCGCUUUGGCUACCAGAUCUACUUGAGGAAGCCAACGUGUAUUCUUAUGGAUUCGUUUCGCCACGGGAAAAUGGCCAGGAUGGUCGCCUUGGAGGACAAUCUCAAAGCCUGGAAUCGAAGGGAUUGCGCAAUAACCCAGCGGUCUGGCUUGAGUCUGCUAAUGUUCCCACGGGACAUGAAGAUUUGGACCAUGACCAAGGUGUGCAAGCGUUCUACGAUAAUCAAUUAUACCCAUCACGACAGUUUGACGCUGGGUCCCCGAUAUCUUUGAUCGAAGCAAUUUCAUUGAAGGCGCAGAAUGACGUGCUCGAGAUUGGGAACUACCACACUGAGGAGCAAGGUCCCGUUUUAGGAUCGUCCACGAAUGCCUCUUCAACCACAAGUCGCAACGCGGAUGUGCAUCGACCGACAGAGCAGCUCUGGCCGACGAUCAGUAUGCAAGAACAUCUACUUGCAGAAAGAUCGAACAAGAUCACAAUCUCGGACGACUUGCUGACGAUCUAUCACGAGAGCUUGGAGAAUGCGCUGCAAUGUUGGAUCGACAGGGGAACUUGUCCCUAUAGACUCGAGACAGACAUUGAGUGCCCUUCUCACGUUGUAAAUGAACAAGAAAGAUCAAGUUCGAUUUCAACGUCACUUUACGACCAAGUUCACAAGCUUGAUGCCGCAUUUUCCGGGAGAAGGCGGAGACCGCUGACCGGAGCAGAAGAUUCUGGCUCUUCUAAGGUUUUGAAACUAGCUGUCAUGGCUUUUGCCAGCCAGUGGUCCCAUGAGUCACAGUCCUCGUCGACAAGUUCAACCUGGGCUUUCACCUGCGAGCACCCUACCGUCGAAUCACGGUCAAAAUCUGACUUCGAGGCUGCUGGUGCACAGGAAUUUGGGCGUUUACUGCGACUAAGUGUCUGGCAUGAAUCCCAAAGAUGUCUCGGCCGAUGGAAACACUGCGGCUCUUUUCGGGUCAUUCUUGCAUCGAUCGUUUUGUUUUGCACCCAGCCGCCACUAGAUGAAGAUGAGUGGACCGACCUUCCCGAGGGCCGUCUCGACCCCUCCACUGCGCACGAUCUGAGAUUCAGAGAAGCGAUACAUCCGAGAGUGGGCGACUUCAAUGGUCAGUUGACUUCACGUGCACCCUCAAGUAGUGCUCCAGCCCAAGAUUUUGCCAACAUGGCUUUUCCCGACCUUCCACGGUACUCUUCUUCGUUCUGUGGCCAUGAAGUCUUGCAUGACCUCGAGAUAGCCCUCGGCCACCUUUCAAAUUGGCGAAGGUCCAUAAAACCUUCCUCUCAGAUAGGAAGCCUUCACAGCACCUCGUCAGGAUCAAGAUGUCUCGCCGACUUUAACCUACUUUUCUGGCUGGGCGUCAUGUGCGACACGACAUCCGCAGUCAUCAAUCAGCGAGCCUUGGUCAUGCCCGAUACGGAGACGGGUAUGGCCUUUUGCAGCCUGGAAAUAUCAGAUUUGGACCCUACCACUUUCGGAGCCUUACGGUUGAGCACAGAAAUAAACCAACACCGAUCCCAUCCUGAAUUAAGGACCUACUCAGUUGACAUUUGGGGCUCUUAUCUACUGGACGUCGAUAGACUGUGGAGGGACGACCUAACCAAAACGUCGGAACCGACGACAUCGCAACUCACUUCCAAAAUGCUCCAGCGGGCCGUACCUCUUAAACUACUAUUCUGGCGCAAAGUGAGCAGAUUACAGUCCAUGCUCCCCUCCCUAGAACGGCAGCCGACUUCUCCUAAACCUACGGAGAUCGAGAACGCCAUAAAAGAAGCGCUCGCCGUGCACCAGUACUGGACUGUGAACUACAGUGGAUUCUUCACAUCCUGCAUAGCUAACCACUCAGACCUGCCGUUCCAACUUCAAUCCUGGUAUCUCGUGCUGGUCCUGGGAUGGAACAUGGCCUGUCUGAUUCUUGCGCAGUGCAUCGAGGUGGUCGACAGUAAUGCAAUGUCUGAAAGACUGGGACAGAGCCUUCGUACCUCCUCAGCUAUGACGUGUGAGUUGAGGAAGUCAGGCGUGUACGCUAUUUCUGAGGCGGCGAAGGUUUCGUGCUAUCCACCAUCAUUAGCGAUCGACGAGAGCGCAAGAUUGACUCCCGGUAUGUGUAGCACCAGAUCGUCUCAUCCAGUACUCCUCAGCCAAAGUGCACUCCUCGCCGACCCACACACCGAGAAGGUCAUCAAGGCGCUUGAGAUGGCAGCCGAGACUCUUCUGGAUUGGCUGCGACAGUGGCGAGGGCCAAUGUUAAAUGACAACGCGCCACAUUUGUCCUGGCUGUACAACAACACCAGCAGUGACGAGAUUUCCCGGCAUUUUGUCAGCUGCAUUAACGCUCUUGAUCUCAUGAAAUGCAAGUCCGACGUUUCGAGGUUGACUGCCAGGCACUUGAUGGUACGAUACAGGCUGGUGAGUGCUGCGACGAAUGGACCUAUGUUUCCUUGA